GUGAAAAAGGUGUCCCUGCACCUCAUCCAGACGGUCAAGUACGGCAAGCCGUUUGUGCCCGAGUCCAGCACGCUGCAGAACUGCGCCGGCUGCACGAAAAGGGUGACCGAGCUGGCCCACUGGGACAUCCUGUCGAAGAAGACGGCGUUUGCAAAGGGCUCCUCCCACUCGUGCCCCUUCAGCCACGUGAUACCGGGCUCGAUCCCGCCCACCACCAUUCUCUCGAACUUCAACACGUCCAUCAAGUACGAGUUGAUCUGCCUCGCCACGUUCGUGGACCCGAAGACGGGCAAGGACCAGCUCAUCAACUUGGCCCAGCCCAUCAAGAUCUCCCGGUCCAUCUUGCGGGAGCAGGACCGCAACUCCACGAGAAUCUUCCCCCCCACAGACGUCACCUCCACCGCCGUCAUCCCCAACGUUGUGUACCCUCGGUCGUCCUUCCCCGUGGAGAUCAGAAUGGACCAUGUGUCCACUCCGAAGCGCCGCUGGCGCAUGCGUAAGCUGAACUGGAGGUUGGAAGAGUGCGUUUGCGUCAGAGCCAACCACUGCGACUCGCAUAACGAGAAGUUCUCCUCCGUCUACCAAACAAUGAAGAAACAGAAGAAGUCCGUCAAGCCCAGCAAAAACAGCGGAGGCCUAGGACACGCCAACGUCAACUACUACUUCGAAACACCAAAGUCUCGACUCAACAACAACAACAGCAGCAUCGCCUCCUCAAAUAGAACCAACGAGAGAGACCCUGCAAACCCUCCCACCGAUGACUUAUUUCCGUCAACUUCUGGCUCGAACCACGGCUCCCAACCGCUAGCACCUUCUGCCUCCAACUGGUCGGUCCCUGCGUCUCCAAUAAGCUCCAACCUGGGCUCUUCGAAUACAUUGGACCAGAAACAAACGGAAGGCAUUUUUGUUGAGGAGAUACGAACCAUCUCAGCGGGGGAAUUGAAAUCCGGCUGGAAAUCAGACUUCUCUGGUUGUGGACGAAUCGAGUUGGUGGUGGAGGUUUCCUUGAUGAACCUUAUUUCAAUGGGGAUAAAUAAUACUAUCGCUUACAAGGGUUCGAUCAACUCGCAAACCUGUAACCUCACCUUCAACGAGCUUUACGAAGACGCUAACUCUGGCUGCAACUGUUCAAUAGAUGUUGACGACCCGGAGUUGGGGAUAUCUGUCACCCAUAACUUGAUUCUGGAAUUGGUCGUUGCCGAAGAGAUGAUGCAGAGCACCAUGGCUUCUGCAAACCAGUCGGCAAAGGCCCGCCAGCACCAACAGCAAACUCAUGGUCACCAGGAAGAUUUCCCUGAUGACCGAGUAGGCCCAGAGUAUGCCACGGGGAAUAAGACAGAUGUAAGCAACCACAUGCAAGGUAUCCCCACCGGUGUGGCACGUGUCUUGCGGAUGCAGUUCAAAGUUAUACUUUCUGAGAGGUCAGGACUAGGUGUAGCAUGGGACGAUGAAGUCCCUCCAACCUACCACGCAGUUGGUGCCUUGAGUCCUCCAACGUAUGACGAUUCAGCCAGCAAUGUCACCUCUCCU